GUUCAGCAUCCUGUCACUUGUCCCCUGUGUCCCUUCUGCUUUUGAACAGAGAAACCAGCUGAGAAAAUGGUGUCUUUCAAAGUUCUCUCCCUGCUCCUCGCUUCUCUGGGCUUUGUUUUGAUGGAAGAGACCGUCUCCAGUAUAGGGGUUCCCAGCACUAGACCACUGCAGAGACGCUACUCCGAGGCCACCCUGGCAAGUGACUACAGCCGCACGAUGGAUAACAUGCUGAAGAAGAACUUUGUGGAGUGGUUGCUAGCCAGACGGGAGAAGAAAAGCGACAACAUGAUCGAGCCGUACAAGAGGGAAGCUGAGCCUCAAGGAUCAGCUGAGAAUGGCCAAAGACUGGACCUGGGCACGCAGGAAGCCAAAGAUUUCUUCUCCUGGCUCCUGAAAGCCAAAAAAAACCAGAGUUUUACUUCUCUGGAAGGUUCAGAAGGUUUGAAGGAUGUUUUGAACCAGGAGUUUCUGGCAUGGCUGAUGUCCACUGAUCUCUGCAGAGCAAUGACUGCGUAACUCCAGGACCCUCCCAAGGAGCACUCUCCAUCCUAUCAUGGCACAUGAGGAGGAAGAAGUCUUACAUUCACUCUGUUCUAUUACAUGUUGUCUGUUUUGCUAAUGAAAGCAAUAAAGAGUCUAGUCUGAAGCUGAAA